CUGAAGAACAACUAAAUUCAAUCGCCAUAUAGCCUAUUCGGCUAGUAAGUAGUCGUGCCUACUACCCAGUAGCAACCUGAACAGCUGAACUGUUCUCUCCAGCUAAUUGCACCGUAGCAAUUGAGCUACCCUCCCCGGUGCUAGCCUGAGUGGCCUGCCUCGUCCUCCCUCCUCCUGCUGCUGCUGCUGCUCCUCCUCCAUACACCCCGCCAAAACCUCACAGUCCAUUGCUUCCUCCAGAUGCCAGUACAUACUGGACCGACAUGAAUAACGGCUCGAACUCGAAUCCUGCGCUCUCUCGCUUUCGGGCCACUGGCUUUCCCUUUCUUUCUCCCGAUCCUCGUCAGAGAUCGGAGUCGUCACGAUCAUAGCGGUUCACUCUCGAAGUCCAGUCGAGUCCUGACAGUGGUAUGGCCGGUCACCAUCACGCCGCGUAACACUCAAGCCGAGACUUUUCGAUGACACGGCCGUUGUCUCCCUCGUCGCUCUCGUCGUCUUUCGUUUGUUGACAGCACCGCCCUCUCCAGGGCCGGGAAGCGUUUCGCAGCCAUGCCGUUUUGUUUUGGGGGUGACAAAGAACCGGAGGACGAAUAUGACCCUAUUCCAUUCGGGCUGCGAUGGCGCAUGAAGUUCGGCAAGAAAGAGGUCGACCCCAAUACAGGCGAGAGCAUUUUGCGCUUGAGCAACAGCAAGAUCCUCAAGACCCAGUGCGCCAACACCGAAUACCAAGCCCUGAAGCUGCUUGAUCGACACACUUCGGUGCCCACGUAUAAAGUCCUGGCCGUCUACAACCGACCUGACGGGAAAUGGGUGGAAUACGAGGCAUAUCCUGGGAAACCGCUGCAAGAUCAAUGGCCUGGCAUGUCGGCACACCAGAAGAACAAGAUCAUUGGGGACCUGGGUCGGUUCGUCGAGCAAUUGAGGAAGAUGCAACCUCCCAAACUGUGCGUCGUGGGCGACGCCACGCUCGGAGCUGCCUUGGACCACCGGUUCGGGUCUGGUAGAGUCGGUCCGUUCUUCUCCAUCGCAGCGUUCCAUGAGUUUGAGAGACGAGGGCAUCCGCCUCAUGACUUCCCGGAGGUUGAAAUCCAACAGGUUCACGACCCGAACCGAAAGUACGAGCUCAAAUUCACCCAUGCCAAUCUCUGUCCCAAGAACAUCCUCGUUGACGACGCCGGAAGAAUAACUGCCUUGGUCGGCUGGGAGUCAUCGGGCUGGUAUCCCGAGUACUGGGAAUACACUCAAAUGUGUCACUUGACGCCCAAAACCAUGGGAGAUUGGCUGGAGGCCAUGCGCAAUGUCAUCCCUCGAUAUGACCAGGAGUUGGCCUGCGAGGAGGCUUUGCGGUCCCAUUACUGUGGCUCGAUAUACGAUGCUCCCAGGAGUGUUCGCGCCCCGAGUCCCAGCCCGAGUCAGUUGGAGGCAGAGCGACAGGAGAUCGAUGACAAGAACACCGAGAGUACGAGUGGAUGAACCAGAUCGAAUACCACGUUGUCGAAAGCAAAAUUACUGCGGCCGAGAUCAAGCGGCCAGUCGAGGCCGUCGACACGAAGAAGGUGAGAAGUCUGCAGAGAUUUACUGGCAGUAUAUGUUAUUGCUGUGUGCCACCCGCAGGCUUGAGGAUCUCGGCAGUCUAAGAAUUCAUUAGAGUGCUCGGCGGGCAGCUACAGCAGUCCUCUGCGCGGCGACGGAAAACGUGCUAUUGUUAUGCGGCCUGAUCAUAUAUCAAUUGCUGUGUGGAGGACAAGAGCGAGACCUAUGCGGCUGAGCGUGAGGGCUGGGUAUCAAGUGGACACAGCGCCUGUUGUUCAGACCUGUGACAACCACAGCGUGCCUUCUUGUGCGGCCAGCUCGAAAGUAUGCUUUUUUGAAGCAUCCGACAUUGAAAGAAACAAGGGCUUUGCACAAUGAACCGGCACCAGCGAUGUCCAAUCGUGGCACAUAUUCUUACAAGACGGGGUUAUGGUGUGAAAACUAUUGCAGAUUGAAGACAUGGGGAUCAAAGAGCAUCUGUGCGAUAAGAACCCUCUUCACGUCCGCCUGCCCCGACGAAUCUCGACACUACAGCAACACUGAUUUGAAGGCGUUUUAUAACGCUAGAGUCCUAAGCACAGAGACUCGAGAAAAAUGUAUGGCUUACACUUGAGAUCUGCGAGGCGCCCCAAGGGGAAAAGGCGCAAAAAAGGGAAUAAGAGGGUGCUGAUUAGAAUGGACAAUGUCGGAGUCUAGAGCUUUAGAUGCUGCUUGUUUCAGUUCUAUGCUGUGAAUUACACUGCCUUCAGCCUGCACAGCGAGAUAUCUGCUUUAUGACUUCCAAGUUCCUGCUGAGGCGCAACGGUGUCAGAUGGAACAAGUCGUCUUUGCCACCUGGGUCUGUGUAAAUAAUACAGCAAUACAACAACCCAGCAGGCGGACACCAUACCUAGAUAAUAUCAAAAGAAAUAAAAACAGAGCAAACAGCCGUAUUCCUGCUAGGGCCAUGGUAUCAUAUUGUGCACUCAG